CUCUUUUAUCACCGUCUUCAUUCACACCAUCCGAUUUUUCACCUUCAAUCCCAAAAACCCUAUCAAUCCUCUUUCUUCCUCCAAGCUUAUCCCGUGAACAACAAUGGCGGAUACAUCUCAUCUCGAGAAGAUGGGAAGAGAGCUUAAAUGUCCCAUCUGUUUGAGCUUAUUUGAUUCUGCCGCAUCUCUUACAUGCAAUCAUGUUUUCUGCAAUUCAUGUAUUCGCAAAUCGAUGAGAUCAGGUUCCAGCUGUCCAGUUUGUAAAGUGCCUUAUCAGCAUCGAGAAAUUCGCCCUGCUCCUCAUAUGGAUAAUCUAGUUAACAUAUACAAGAGCAUGGAAGUUGCUUCAGGGCUUAACCUCUUUGUCUCUCAAAAUGGUCCCUCAACCAAAUUGGCAGAAAUGCAGACUGGACAAACAACUCCUGAGGUUGUGAAGUUUCAAAAAAUGAAAGGUGCAAGCCCUACAUCAUCAAAACCAAAAUCAAAAAGUUCUGGUCGCGACAGAAGAAAAUCUUCAUUUCCCACAAAUAAAAGGGUCCAAGUGCCUCAGUCUCCAGACACUGAAACUCCAUUAAGGCAAGAAAAAGAUAUAAUUGAUCAAAACAAGUUGGUCAAGAAAAAUUGUUCAGCUUUUCAUAGUGAACAUCCACUUUCAACUGUGAAGGAAAACCAACACAUGUCACCUUUCUUCUGGGUGCGAGAAGAAGACGAAAGAUCAAGUCAACAGACUGAUAUGGAUCAGUUGACAUGUACCCCAGCAAAAGUCCCUUCUUUUAGUGAUCUAAAAGAUUCAGAUGAUGAUAAAUCCCCUGAAAUAUCCACGGAAGAGAAAAUGCACAGCAAGCGCAAUGUAGAUUUCUUUGACAGCGAAAUGUUUGAAUGGACACAAAGAGCAUGCUCUCCCGAACUUUGUUCCAGCCCCUUUAAAAAGCAGGUUCAAGAUACAGAAGGUGAUGAGAUGCUUGGACAGAAACUGGAAGGAGUCUCGAUCGACGGCACUGCCAAUAAAGAAUUGAACAUAGAACAGCAGGGAAAUGUCAGUUCCCAAGAAAAGAAUAAUAUCACAAAUGAUGAGCUUCACAAUUAUGCCCAUCCUGAAAAAAGUGAAGAUAGCUUAAAUAGACGUCAAAUACCUCACAAGAGGGGCAAAAAACUAUGCAAGACAAAUAAACACAAAGGCCGAAAGCACAAGGAGGUAGGAGAGGGCCACGAUGAUCAAAUAACGCCUGGUAAUGAAAUUGUUUCAGGGAGUUCAGAAGUAGCUGUUACUUCUAAGACUAAACUUGUUCAAUCGCUUUAUGCAAAGUUGAUGGAUGAAGUUCUCGAUCAUGCUGUUACCGACCUCCCUUCUGCUUCAGGGAGUAAAAAAGGUAUUAACAAAAGCAAGAAACUUGAAGUGACAAAGCGGAGCUUUAGCAGCAUUGAUCACAUACACAAACAAGUCUCAGUAAAAAGGAAGAAGCAGAUAAAGAAUCUUGCCCAGCCUCAUAUCACCAGAGAACAAUCCAAUUUAUCUAUUGAAAUGAUGCUUGAAGAACCUUGCAGAACUGUAAAUGAAUCUAAUGGUUGCAUCCCCAGUCAUAAAUCAAAGGAAAUUGGUCAGUUAGCACCUGUGCUCAAACAAAAACUUUCUCUAAAUGAUAUAAUUACAGAAAAGGUUGAUGAGCGAGUUGAAAAUUUUCAUCCAAGGGCCGCAGCACAAGAUAAAUCGAGUAGUGUUAAAGAGAGAUCUAAUAAUGGUAAUCCAGGAACUUCCCCUGAAAACGGAAAAAUCCAACACCGCAAAGACUUGCCAGCUUUGCGCAAAUGUGACACAAUUUCCAUCAAGUGUGCCUUUUGUCACUCAACUACAGAGAGUGAGGAUUCUGGGGAGAUGAUACACUAUUCUGAAGGUAGACCAGUUGCAGCAAGUCAUGCUGGGGGUUUAGUCAUCCAUUCACACAAACACUGCACUGAAUGGGCCCCUAAUGUUUACUUUGAAGAGAACAUCGCGGUUAACCUUGAGCAAGAAUUAACAAGAAGCCGUAAGAUUAAGUGCUCUUUGUGUGGGGUGAAAGGAGCAGCUCUGGGUUGUUAUGAGAAGAGUUGUCGCAAAAGCUUUCAUGUCCCUUGUGCCAAGAAGCUAAAAGAGUGUCGUUGGGAUACUGAUCACUUUGUCAUAUUAUGUCCUCAUCAUGCUUCUUCAAAAUUACCCUGUGAAUUGAUGAUGCCACAAGCUAGAAAACGAAAAUGUAAUCCGAAGUGGAGCCAAAGACCUCAAGUUGCAGCUACUAAUAUAAAGAAGUGGAAUUGUUGUCGGUCAUCUGAGAAAAUAGUCCUCUGUUGUUCAGCUCUUGUUGCCACAGAGAAGGAAGCUGUUUCUGAAUUAGCAAAGUCCUCAGGAGCUGUGCUAUCGGCAAGCUGGAAUCCAAGUGUCACCCAUGUUAUCGCAUCGACGAAUGAGAAAGGAGCAUGUAAGAGAACACUUAAAGUUAUGAUGGGGAUCCUAGAAGGAAAAUGGAUAUUAAGUAUCAAAUGGGUUCAAGAGUGUAAUAAGGCCAUGAAACUAGUUGAUGAGACUCCUUAUGAAAUCACUUGUGACAUUCACGGGGUUCAGAAUGGCCCUUGUUUAGGAAGACUAAGACUUCUGAAUAAGCAACCAAAGCUCUUUGCUGGAUUCAAUUUCUAUUUCUCUGGAGAUUUCGAACCUUCAUACAAAGGCUAUUUACAAGACCUUGUGACUGCUGCUGGAGGAACUGUACUACACAGGAAGCCAAUCGUAAAAACUCAAGGAAUCAAAACACCUUCGUCCUCACCAUCAACCGUCAUAAUCUACAGCAUUGAGCUGCCUGCUAACUGUGAUCUCCGAAAGGAAGAUAUGAUUCUUGAUCACAGGCGAUCUGACGCAGAAGCUCUUGCAAUUGCAAGUGGAGCAAAACUCGGCAACAAUUCAUGGCUCCUGAACUCCAUAGCUGGGCAUAAGCUACAAGAUUUGUGAAUGACAUGAUUGAUUCUUUGUUGUGGGAAACGGGUUAGCGGCGUUACAUAGCUUGUUGGCUUUGCAUGCUGAAUUUUUUGGGAGGAAGUUGGAUCCAAAAGGAGUUCGCUUUAUGG